AUGACUAGUAGCGAAGCGGUAGGUGAUCUUGAUAGACAAACUCUGAAUGAAUACCAUCAGCAAAUAAAUAAAUCUCAAUUCUGCAUGUUUCAACAACAAUCUGACACGUCUUUUACGGCAACAUCAUCAUCAAGAAUAGCAAACAUCCAAAAACGAAACGUCACAAAGUACGACAACAAUAACAGCCACGAUAAUAAUAUUUCAAGAAAAUGGAAAGUUGAAGAAACCGAAUCAAUCACCUUUAUCAAUGCCCCACCCGAGACAGAAACAAGAUCAAACAGAAAUAAGAACAGCAACACUCCUAAAAAACAAAAACCAAUACUGUUUCUCUUCCUCAGUCUCACAUCACUCUACUUUAUUCUCUCGUUACUCACAUCGUCAUCAAUCAUCACCGGAAUACACGCAAACAGUCAACGAUGUCAAGUGGACAACGAUUGUCAGUAUCAGAACCAAGGUCAAAGGUGCAUGAAUGAUACAUGUCUGUAUACUUGUCGAUCGGAUGAUAAUUGUCCGUUAAGUGGUGUUUGUAAAACGAAUAUUUGUGAUUGGAAUGGAUCAUUGGUUCCUAUUCUGCCACCGAAAAUAAAUGAGACAACAGAAACUAAUAGCACUAAUACUACUAUUCGUCCAAAUGGGGAAUUCAUGUUCUGUUGUGUUAGACGUACAAGUUCAAAAAGUUACGAAGGAAAAAGCGGGCAUGACUACAACGAUGACAACACUUAUCAUAAUAGGAAUAUAGUGGCACCUGAUGUGACAACUAACAUACACGAUGAUCACGAUAGUCCAUAUCAAUUCCUAGAACAACAUCAACAAUCAUCACCACAUCAAAAACAGCCGCCUCAUGUAAGCGAAGCGUCAUUCGAAGAAACUCAUUUACACGCUACCGGUGGUAAUAGUUAUUUGGAUCAUGGAGUAGUCGCUUCGCCGCCGUCUUCUCCUCCACAUCAGUCGGUACUCACGGAGCAGACGUUAUAUGGAUCUCAUGGUGCUUCUACGUCUUCGGUUGAUUUGAAUACUACCUCACAGUAUCCGUAUUUGGCGCAGCAUCAUUUCAUGUCUUCGGAUUAA